AUGGGGUUGCAAUUGUCACCCAAAAACGAAAAAGAAACAGAUCUAGACAUGGCAGCUUCCAUUACAUUCCCUAAGUUCCCGGCCUCAUCUUCCAUUGUUUUACUGGUGUUAUUGUUUUGCAUUAGUAGUGCUGCAGUCACUGAAGGGAAGCUCAACAUUAGUAAGAAACUAACCAGAGGCCUUGUCACGGAAGUCUGCGCACAAACCCGAAAUCCUAACUUCUGCUUAGACAUGCUUGAAAACGAUCCUCGUACUGAAUAUUCUGAUCUUUUUGGUCUCACUAGCAUCGCGCUUAACCAUGCAUUUAUUAGUGUUGCUGAUGCCCUAAACUACAACAGGAAUUUGUUUGACAGUGCUCCUCCUGAACUGAAGCUCCGUUACCAUAUGUGUGAUCUUCUUUAUCAACUUUUGACGGAUGAUCUUACGCUUGCUGGACAAUCGCUUGAAGACGGAAAAUAUGGAACAGCAGAAGAACAUGCAGUUACUUCUAGCAUGCGAAUUGAUGCUUGCGAAAGCGUCUUCAAUGAUGAGCCAUAA